AUGGACGGAAUGGUGGAGGAGAACGGAACUAGCGGUGGUGCGAAUGUCACAGACCCAUUGGCAAGUCCUGGUUCGUCUGCGGGCACAGGUCCUCCACAUGUUGUUGUCACGAGUAUUGUUCAAUUAACAUUACCUACUCAAGCUCCUUCAGCACAGGUGCAAUCUGUUAUCCAACCUAAUCAACAAUCAGUGAUUCAAACUGCUUCAAAUAUACAAUCAGUGCAACUGCCUAAAGGAAAUGUGAUACUUGUUAGCAAACCUAAUUCCGUUAUACACACUACACAAGGAACCCUUCAAACUUUACAGAUAAAACCAGAGCCUAACACACUAUUGAGUACACAGGGGCAGUCUUGCAGUGAUGAAAGCUGUAGUGAUGAUGAGAGUCCUAAAAGAAAAUACAGGGAAAUGCUCACAAGACGUCCUUCUUAUAGAAAAAUUUUAAAUGACUUAGGCGGAGCAGAAAUCGCAGACAAUCGCAUGGGAACUAAACCAGGACCCGAGAAUGAAGUGUCGCUGUCAUCUCCUUUGUCAUUUGCUCCAGUUAUCCCAGCGGGUGCAUUACAAACUGACAGUGGUCUUCACACAUUAGCUGUAUCUGGAACAACGGGCGGCACGGCCAUUGUGCAAUACGCUCCGAACCAAGAUGGACAGUUUUAUGUUCCGGGUCCUAUACUAGAAGAUCAGACUCGGAAAAGGGAAUUACGCCUGUUGAAAAAUCGUGAAGCUGCUAGAGAAUGUCGACGCAAAAAAAAAGAGUACAUUAAGUGUUUAGAAAACAGAGUGGCCGUUUUGGAAAAUCAGAAUAAAGCACUUAUUGAAGAACUAAAGUCAUUAAAAGAAUUAUAUUGUCAACAAAAAACUGAAUGA